AUGCUUUCUCCAUGGAGCCUUUCACAGAAGACUAACCCUCAGCAUUUCCUGCCAGUGACCCGCGUCCAGCUGGUAGUAUCUGUGACCUCGAGCGACUGGGUGACGCUGGCAGCGGUCGCGGAAAACCAGGUCACACUCGCCAACAACAUCUCGGCCACGUUGAGGUCCUACCUUCCGACUCUGCGAACUGUCCCCGAACUUCAGUACACCCUAGAUAGGUUCAGCAGCGUGACCUACAAAGACACCACGAAUACAGAGGUCAACUUCAACGUAGAAGUGUUACUGAGAGGUCACCGCGACCAGUCUGUGGCGGAUAAGGUGAGGACAAGGUUCAGUUUUUUUCACAAAGGGUGUGGCAUGAAUAUUUUAUCGAGCACCGGUUUUGUGCCACUCCUCUCGGCGUGGGUCAUCGUCAACAUCUACAUUAUAAUGCUGUUGCGCCCUGGUUGGUUUAAGGGAAAGUGUGGGCCCGGGAGGGAAGGACUCUCCGUUCUGCCGCUGGGAUACACUGCUUUGCAUUAG